AUGAGUGACUUAAGGCAUAUGAAUACACCAAUUCCUCAGGAAUAUGAUGAUUUAAGGGUGGUCGGUUAUGAUCCUUUGAUUCCUCCUGAAUUACUUACCCAGGAAAUCCCACUAACAAAGCAUGCCGCCUUUACUGUGAUUAAAGGUAGAAAAGAGGCCUCGGCUAUCAUCAACCGAAAGGACGACAGACUACUGAUUAUAGUGGGCCCCUGCUCACUUCAUGAUCCUAAAGCUGCCAUGGAGUAUGUUCACAAAUUAAAAGGGUUGGCAGAUCAAUUGAGUGGGGAACUAUGCAUUAUUAUGAGAUCUUACUUAGAAAAACCUAGAACUACGGUUGGCUGGAAAGGGUUGAUUAAUGAUCCUGAUAUGGAUGGAACCUUCAAAAUUAACAAGGGUUUAAGAAUCUCCAGACGACUAUUUGUUAAUCUCAAUGAGACUGGUAUUCCUAUUGGUUCUGAGAUGUUGGAUACAACUUCUCCUCAAUACUUGAGUGAUUGCCUUUCUUUUGGUGCCAUUGGUGCCAGGACUACCGAGUCCCAGCUUCAUAGAGAGUUGGCCUCUGGUUUAUCUUUCCCUAUUGGUUUUAAAAAUGGAACUGAUGGCUCUUUGGACGUCGCCAUGGAUGCUAUUCAGGCUGCGUCUUUCCCACAUCAUUUCAUGGGAGUUACUAAAACUGGUUUGGCAGCUAUCACUAUAACUACCGGUAAUAAGGAUUGCUUUGUCAUUCUUAGAGGUGGUAAGCAAGGUCCUAAUUACGACCCAAAGUCGAUUGCAGUGGCCAAAUCGAAGCUUCCGGAAGGUAGAGUGUUGAUGGUGGACUGUUCUCACGGUAACUCGCAAAAGGAUUUCAGAAACCAACCCGUGGUUUGUGCCUCUGUUGCUGAACAAAUAUCUAAUGGUGAGAGCAAAAUUAUUGGUGUCAUGAUUGAGUCGAAUAUUAAUGAAGGUAAGCAAUCGAUUCCUGAAGACAAAUCGCAGCUCAAAUACGGUGUUUCCAUCACUGAUGCCUGUGUGUCUUGGGAAACUACGGUGAAAAUGCUAAAGCAGUUGUCUGACGCUGUCAAGGCCAGAAGAGUCAAGGUUGCCAAGAAUUAG